AGAGCUCACCCAGGUUUCUUUAUAUAAAUGUACAUGUACUUUUGAACGUAAGACUUACAUGUAAGCUUACAUGUGUAUGCAUGCAUGUGAGCUUCCAUGUGUAUACUUACAUGUAAGCUUACAUGUGCAUACUUACAUGUUAGCUUAUGUAUAAGUGUUUGCACAGCUCUUGAACGCAUUUUCUUUCUCGUGAACUGGACGAUAUGACUAUUUCAUUUAAAGUGAUUUUGCACAGCAGGAAAAGUUCACUUCAACUGUACAUGCUUAAACAUUUUAUUGAAUUAUCAUCUGAAUGUGUAGCAUUGGCAGUUUUAAUCAUAAUGUCAGAAAAUUAUAAUGUGUAAAUAUGCUGGGGUAUAUAAUCAUAGUAGAGGCAACAACAUCAUUUGAUAUUGAGGUUGAAGAGGAGGAGACCAUCUUAGAUGUGGGUGUUUUGGGGGCUUGUACUAAGUGAUGAUACUCCUUGAAUUUCAUUUGUAUAUCUAUAUCUUUAUGUUAUCUUUUAACUUUUGUACACGAGAAAUAUUGCCCAUCCUUCCAAAAACUGAAAGGAUUUUUGCACACUUCUUGAACUUUUUGAAAGAUUCUUUUGAACAUGAUCGCUACGACAAGUGUAUCAUCAUUAAAAAAUCUUAGAAAUCAGAUGGCGGUGUUGUUUCCGUCGAGUGGUCAAUCUCUGGUGUGAGUAAUCUAAUGUCUCACGCGCCAAAAACCUUUGGUAUUUAAUAUGCUCAAGAUUGUUGCGUUGGGUGUGACAGGGGAUUUUACUCACAACCAGAGCUGUAUUUGAAAUUAUCGCACCAAAAUGGGUCUAGUGGUCAAAUCACAGCAAAAUUAGGACAGAAUUGAAGCAAUUAUACAAUUGUAAUUGUCGCAUAUAAGAUAAUGGGUAAUUAUGUUGGACACAAGUGGUUACAUUGGCCUGAUUUUUGGCAAAUAUGCAACCAGUCAGAGGCUUAACAAUGCUUGAGGCCUAUCUCCAAAACUAGAGUCAUCAGAAAGAUUUGCAGGUUUUUUUAUGAGUUUUCGUUCAAGUGCUUACCGGUAUAAGACUAACAGAAUCGAACGGAUGAAUUUAGUUUUGAGAACCUUGCUUUCAAACACGGGUUGAAAGCACACCUUCGAAACAUACACGAAUUGUCUUUGAUGCAUCUACGAAUUUCUGUGUUCCUGACGAAUUUCUCAGUUGAAAACACUGCUUAAACGUUUUACGGAUUAUUGCAGCCUUGAACAAACUCUCUGACGAACACUGCUUAUAAGAUCGGCGGAUUAUCGUGGUACGACACACGUCUAUAUCGAAAUCACUGCUUAAAAACGGAUUAUUCUGAUGCUGACUGGUCAACCAUCUCUUUCCAGUAAACAUAUCCUGAUCCCAACACAUUUCUCGGUUUAAAACUUUUCUUACAGUGUUUGAACAAAUUGAGUGCAGUAUUAUCACCCUAACUAGGACCUGUAGCACGUGAUCAUAGGGGCAGUGCUUUCCUCGGUCAGAAACGCAGUACCCAAGGGAACUCGGAGAAAAAAUAUGUCACACUGAGAUAGACUUUCUAGAAAUACACACAAGUUAGACGGAAUUUGCACCCCAAAAUCGACUUGUGUUGAGAUAUUUUGAAUAUUAGCAGUGAGAAACUGAAUCGUUUGGGAUUAUCUUUUAUCCUUAAGUACUGGAAACAUGGCAGUCGCGGUCAACCCCGCCGUCCUUGUUGUGAGCUGUCUUGUGUGUAUCGUCGGCUGCUUCGGAAAUGGCACCCUAAUCUUCCUCGUAGCGAAACACAAACAACUAAAAACGAUGCGCAAUGCUUUCCUGUUGAACAUUGCAGUUGCAGAUAUUUUAGCGGCGUUGAGUGCUGCAUUGUUUGCUGUUACGGUUUCUUUCGAGGGAAUAUGGAUCUUUGGCUUGGGGAUGUGCAGAGUUCAUCACUUUCUAUACACCGUAUAUCAAGCAGUGGCCAUUUUUACUCUGACAUUUCUGAGCGUGGAGCGUUGUGUAAAGCACUUCAAUCCGUCGUGUGGCUUGGACACCGUGAGGAAUUGGGUAGCUGCAACAAUAUUGGUGUUUCUAUGGUUGAUACCAUUGAUAUUAGGUAUUCCAGAUGUGAUUUUUGCAGAGCUGAAACCCACUUUCAACGGCACAUACGUGUGUUUCAUUCAUCCCCCCUCAAAUCUACGUCACAUGUAUCAAGUAUUGGAUGCCGGAUUAAAAUUCGCCAUACUGUUGGCUAUUCCUCUUUUGAUCACAGCAGUUAGUUUUUCAGUGAUGUUUUUCACCAGGAAAGCCAGGUCUCGGCCAGGGAUUGACAAAAAGUCCAGGACCGUUAGCGAAAAUGAAGAGCAUGACAUGGAACACGUACAGUCACAGGGAACGGGCACAGACGCAAGUGGCGGGUCGCGUCAAAGAUCACACGGCUCUACCAAACUCGUUCUGGCCCUUGUUCUGGUCUACGUCAUCUGUUGGUUGCCGAUUCACGUUUACCAAAUGUGGUUCUUCCUCGGUAGAAGUGGCUACAAUAACAUGUGGGCCGCGUUUAAGGUCUUCGCGGAUUGUAUGUGUCUAGUUGAUUGUUGCCUCAGGGCCUGGGUCGUCUUCGGCGUCGACCCAACUUUCAAACACUACUUCAAAACACACCUUUGCUGCUGUUUUUAUAAACGAGAUGAAGCGGAAAUUAUCCCACUCGAUGAUCAAACAGCGUUACCUGCAAAGGGCAGCUUUAAAUACGCUUAAGACGUGUAUAUAAAUACACGUACAAACAAAUAUGCAUGUAGCUCAAGCGAUAUAACUAUUCGGCGACGCCUCCAUUCGCAUUUUAAAAAAACAUUCUUAUCAGAGGCACAUCGUGCUCCUCGAAUAUAGGUUUGAUAUUUGGAUGUGUUUUUCUGCUUGGGUCGUUAAGGAAAAGAAAGAACAUCGGUAAUCUAAGUCAUCACAACCUAUAUUUCGAGUAAAAUUUGCCUGAAUGGGAAAGUAAAGAAAAAUCACUAAAUCAUUCGGAUUAAUCGCGGCUUUAAAAAAAUUAAAAUCCGAAUGGAUCCCCCACAUCUAAAAAAAAGAUGCUCACCCAAGUUACCCAAAGGAUUUGACCUGAUCCUAUGUAUAUAUCAUGAUAAUCAUGCUUCCUGAUGUGGCCAAAUGAUCUGAUCCAACUGCAAAUGAGCUGAGAACUCUUGAGAAUGUGAAAAAUCGAAAGUUUUCAUUGAAAAUUGGCAAUUUCACACACGAUAUAAUGAUUGUCGCAAAUCAGGCCAGGGGCGAUUUACGCAAACAUGAUUAUAAUUAUAGGCUACUUCAUGUCAUUUUGGUGCGGUCUACAUGUACUAAAAUAAUUCAAUGGUUGGCAAUUACAUUACAUGGCUGUAAGAGACACAGCAGCAAGCACGGUGUAUAAGUAAAUGCUUUGUUGGGUGUAUGUAUGUGUCAUUUCAAAUGCUGUAAAUUUUGUUUAUUAUAGAAAAGUGUGUGAUUGUACAUUGUAAAUGAAUUGUAAGAACAUUUUUCUUGCAUCAUGAACAACACAGUUGAAAUGUAGAUGUGUAUGCAUGGAUGAUUACCGGAUUAACAACCGACAAGUCAUGUCUGUAGGCUACUAUAGUCCAUUGUUCGUAUAUGUUUUAUCCGUGUUGUUUUAGGCUCUGGAGCGUAAAAUCGUCUGUUGAAUUUAUCUCGGACUGCCUCUUGUACAUAAACUAUGUCCACCAUUGCAUCGAGACGCUUCUUCUUCAUACUUUGUAGGGCCAAUAAUAAUCAGACAUGUAGCAUACUGGUGUAUCAAAUAAAUUCAACUGUAAUACUGAA